UGUAAAUGAACGCUUUCUCUAACGGACAUAAAAGAUGUGGUGCAGAUCGGAGUUUGUAUCUGGACAGUGAAAGAUGGCGGAGAGAUCAGAGUUGGUGAAGGCGCACAGCAGAAGCGGCGCACAGCAGCACAAAGCCAGAGAGACGCUGCGCCUCACCGUCAUCUUCUUAGACGACAGCGAGCACGUUUUCGAGGUCGAGCCAAAAAUCCUGGGUUGUGACUUUUUCAACAAAGUGUGUGGUCACCUGAAGCUCCUGGAGAAGGAGUACUUUGGCCUGGAAUUCCGCCACCAUAAUGGCAGCUAUGUGUGGCUUGAACUUUUGAAGCCAUUGGCAAAACAAAUCAAAAACACCCGUGAGCUUGCAUUCCGUUUUAUUGUGAAGUUCUUCCCACCUGACCCAGGCCAACUGCAAAAAAGCUUGACCAGAUAUCUAUUUGCCCUGCAAAUAAAACAAGAUUUGUCCAAUGGAAGCCUCACUUGUAAUGACAACAGUGCAGCACUGCUGGUUUCUCAUAUAUUACAGGCAGAACUUGGGAAUUAUGAUGAAGAGUUGGAUGCACACCACCUAGAGAAUAAGCAAUAUGUUCCAAACCAGGAGUACCUGGACCACAAGAUUAUUCGAUUUCAUAAGAAACACAGAGGUCACACUCCAGGCCUGUCAGACAUGCAUUUGCUGGAGGUUGCCCGGAAAUUGGAUAUGUAUGGCAUUCGACCACAUCCUGCUCAUGAUGGAGAAGGUAUGAGGAUCAACCUGGCUGUUACCCACAUGGGUGUACUGGUAUUUCAGGCUAACACAAAAAUCAACACCUUCAGCUGGGCUAAAAUUCGCAAAUUGAGUUUCAAGAGGAGGAAUUUCCUUAUCAAACUACACACAGAUGCUGGGCCUUCACGAAGGGACAUGGUUGAGUUCACCAUGGCAAGCAGAGAUAUUUGUAAAACUUUCUGGAAGUUGUGUGUGGAGUAUCAUGCCUUCUUCCGACUAGCUGAGGAGCCCAAGCCAUAUCAAAAGUCAUUGUUUUCCAGCAAGGGAUCCAGCUUCAGAUACAGUGGCAGGACACAAAAGCAACUACUUGAGUGUGUUGGCACUGGGGAGUACAAACAUGUAGUAUUUGAGAGGUCAAAGUGCAAGCUUGCCCAUGAAUCUCGGCAGUGCAAGUCAUCUCCUGACUUACUCACUGAUGUGUCCAAACAGCUUUACGAGCAAGCCUAUCAGUUUCCCCAUGCUGAUAUUUCAAAGCAUGGGACACACAUAUUUGCUGAGGGGCUUGACCGGUCCUAUCCCUUGUCAGGGCUGCUGCCCAAAUCAAACAGGGUUACCUCUUCAAAACAACGUUCCAUGUCUACAUCAGGGGCAGAGCGUCAAGGCAGAAGCUUUCAAAGGCCUGGGGCAAGAAGACAUCAGUCCCCCAGCUCUCAGCAUUUGGUCCUUCUCUAUCCCAACAGCCCCCAUCUGCAGUUUCACCCAGUGCUGCCAACUUUUCCUCUAACAACAUACCCUUUUUUACUUCAAGACCCAACAUCAUCUUCCUUAGACCGUCUCACACAAGCUCACCAGAGUUUUAAACCUAUGAAGAAUUUGCCAAGGCAAACAGGCCACUCCUUUUCACCUACUUCUUCUUUGUCACCACCACGAAGGCAGCAGUGCCUGGAAAGGGUUCAACUAUCUGGAAUUGGAUUGGCUGGAUCUAGGAUGUGCCCUCAAUCAGGAGGACCUCUGGGGGUGGGGUUACACCGAAGGCACAACAUGGGAAAAUUUGAAGCAGGGCACUACAGUGAUGACUCUUCAUUCCAGAGUGCUUUACCUUUCCGAGCCUCAAGCCAACCAGACGUGAAGUUUCAGAGAUCUGCUCUAGCUUCUUCAGCUGCUGCAUAUGCAUCAGAAUAUCGGCCUCUGGGGUAUUAUCCCCACUUGUCACAACACCGUGUUCCAAAUAGGCCAACCUACCUUCCACUAAGCCCUUCCCAUUUGCCUGAAAGACCUACAUCUUUAUGUGUGCUCAGCACAGGCAGUUACAGUGAUUCAGAAUCUGAACUCUUUUAUCCAUGUUACUGCCCUGCUGUAGGGAAAAUGGUACAUUCUGGCCCACUAGCACGUAUGCGUUUCUCAUCUGGAAGCCUUCAACUAGAUGAGGAAGAGGGAGAAGAGGGGGAAGAGGAUGAAGUGUGCAACCAGAAUGAUGGGGAAAACAUCGCUUUUACCACUGUCAGUGUAAUGAAACUAUAGCAUUAUAGCUGUGUAUAUAUGCACUUGUGUUAAGGCUUCUGAAAACAACAUGGUAAAUAUUAUCAGACUUACUAAGAUUCUUAAAAAUAUAUGUAGUGGCAUAUGUGAUACUUACAUUGUGUUACAUUUCUUUAUGCAACUUAUACAUGUGAUCAAUGAUACAAAUUCUAAAAUUAUAUAUACACCUACUGGCAAUUAGACACAUGUUUAGUAUUGAGUUUAGUCUUGCACAUUCUCGUAGUUAUUUAUCCGACAAUCAUGUGGCAACAGUGCAAUGCAAAAAGUUAUGGUUUAAAGCAUCCGGUAAUGUUUACACCUGUUAGAAGUAGGUGGAGGUUCUCUAUUCCAGUGAACACUCCAGAUCUGCUUCUCUACAAAGGUUUUCAGUCAAGACUUAAACACUGAGUCUCUGUCUGAAUCCUGAACAUUCAUUACAAGGCUAUUCCAUAAUGAUGAGGCUUUAAGAGAAAGUUUUAUGCCUGUUGUGGCCUUUUACAUUUACAUUUAUGUUAUUUGGCAGGUACCCUUAUCCAGAGCAAUGUACAAAAGUGCUUUUAAGUCUCUGUUUCAAUAGAUUGCAGCCUAAGAAUACUGAAGUCUAAAAAUCUAUUAAGAAGCAAUAUACAGUAGAAGACAGAAACAUUUUUAAAUAAACAAACAGGAAAAAACAAACAGAAAGAAGUAAGUGCUAGUUAAAUAUUUCAGGAAACAACAGGUCUUCACACAUUUGACUAGAUAUUGAGACGUCUUGGGGAAGUUCAUUUCACCAACUAGGUGCUAGAACAGAGAAGAGUCUUGAUACUUAUCUACCUUGUACCUUGAUAAUGGAACCAGUUAAGCAGCUCUAGAAGAUCUGAGGAAGUGUGGUACAGUGCAGGGAGUGAUAAGAGUUUUGUGGUGAUGUGUAGGAAGUUUGGAAGAUAGAAAACAAGUCAUCUAGCUGCAUUUUAUAUCAUUGGCAGGGGACAAAUUCCGCUCAGAGGCAGGUCUGUCAUCAGCGAAUUGCAGUAGUCAAAAUUGAACAAGCAACAGAGCAGGAUGUGUGGGAAAAGAAAUAGCUGAAUCAUUAUAAUGUUGUAAAGGAAAAACCAACAUGAGUGUGUCAGAUUAGCAAUUUGUGAGUAAAACGACAGAUUAUUCAUGGUUACUCUGUUUGACAGCAAAGACCAGAGGGGAAAUCUGUGGGUUGUUCAGAAAGAUUGCAAGAUACUGAACACCAAUUUUUAAACUUGUAUGCAUAGAUAGGUCAACAUUUACAUUUACAACCUAAUCAAAUAAGCCCAGGGCCUAGGAAAGGCUGUUCCCAACAAUAUUAAGGAGAAUAACAUGAUCAAUAGUGUUAAAAAUUAAGGCAAUGCCACAAUGAAACAAAAUGCUGAUCAGAGACCAGUAGUAGGUCAUGAAGCACUUUAACCAGUGCUGCCUCUGUGUUAUAAUGAGGCAUAACUGCUUGCUACAAACAAACAUCUUUGAGUUAAAGGGAAGGUUUCAUAUUGGCCUAUAGUUUGUCAGGUGAUGGGUCAGUGUCAGGCUUUUGAAUCAAACAAAAGUAAAACAUUUUAAUUCCACAUCUGAUAUUCUGUCAUCUACAAGGUUCAUUAUCAAAUUGUAUGGCGUUAAUAUUAUACUUGUUUUGUUUGAUACUUUCAAUUUUAGAGUGGUAGCAUUUCCUUUCUAAUAAUUUUUUUUUUUUAAAUGUUCUAUUAUUUUCUCUAUGAAUGUAUGGUAUUUUAUAUUUUUUUUAUGUAGUCAUGAGCAAACACUAAACUGAGCAUAAUAACAGUAUGAAAUCAUUUGAUUACAUACAAAAUAUAUUUGAA